AUGGGACGUGGCAAAAAGGCGGGCUUCGCGAAGAGAGGAGGAGGAGCUACUCAAGGAAAACGGGCAGAACGACAAAGAAGAGCAUCCGACGAUGAAGGACCGUCACAAGAAUUUAACGAUGAGGAAGCGCUAAGAAGUGACGACGAUUUAAGCGGGGGUUCUGAUGCCGAUUCGCAGGUUACGCAAACAACGGUGAAACUCGGGAUGUACGAUUUUAAUCAAUGCGAUCCCAAAAGAUGUUCUGGCAGGAGAUUGGUCAGAUUUGGCUUAAUUGAUGAGAUUCGUCUUGGCACUCGCUUUCCGGGUUUGAUGCUGUCACCUAUUGGCGUGUCGACAUUGUCACCAGCAGAUCGCACUUUCAUCGAACAAAACGGACUGGGUGUUGUUGACUGUAGUUGGAAUGAGGUUGAAAAAACCCCCAUGAACAAAGUAAAAGCUCCUGAACAUCGCUUGUUGCCAUAUUUAGUUGCUGCAAAUCAAGUGAACUAUGGUCGUCCAUGCAAGCUAAACUGUGCUGAAGCCCUUGCUGCUGGUUUGUGGAUUUGCGGUUUCCAAAAUGAUGCCAAAAUUUUGAUGGAAAAGUUCAAUUAUGGGCCACAUUUCUUAGAGAUGAACAAAGAUUUACUCGAGAUUUACGCUGCUUGCAGUUCUCCCCAAGAAGUGAUAAAACAACAAAAAAGUUAUCUUGAAAAACUGGAUCGGGAGCAUGAAGCGGAAAGAAACAAGCCAAUGGAUUUACCACCAUCGGAAUCAGAAUCGGAAAGCGAUGAGGAGAAU